AUGGGACGACCACGGGCGGCUUCACUGGACUGUGACAAAGCGGUGAAGAUCAACCCGGAUUCAGCACUACCAUAUAAGUUCCGUGGAAGGGCCCAUAGGUUGCUUGGUAAUUAUGAAGAAUCGUUUCGCGAUUUAUCAACAGCUUGCAAGUUGGAUUACGACGACGAGUGCAAUGAAUGGAUGAAAGAAGUCGAAGUUAAUGUAGGUGCUUUAUGACU